AGAGCCGCCAGCAGAGCGUCGCGUCCCGCUGACAGCGCGCACCCGUGCCUCCUCUCAGCCCUCCGCCCCACCGGCAUGACCGCAGCGUCUCGCGCCCCGCCGCGCGCCAGGUAAAUGGGGGAAAGAGAGAGAAGUCGUUCCCCGUCGCGCCGGACGAGCCGGGUGGAGCAGGUUGUGGGCCGGUGGCUUCGGCGCUCCCGCGACUCCAGUAGCAGGGAAAGGGCAUCUGGGGAGGUCAAGUUGGCUGGACCCACUGGGCCUGCGAUCACCCCCAUCAAGCUGACCGUGAAGAUUGCGAGGAACCUCCACCUGGACUCACACGGGUUCGAAGUCUCUACUCAGCUUCCCCUGCUGGUCACCGAGGUCAUUGCAGGAGGCCCAGCAGAAGGCCGCCUUCUCCCUGGUGACCAGGUGCUAACGAUUAACAACGUUGUGACAGAUGACCUGACCGCUGAACAGGCAGCUGAAAUCAUUAGGGAGUCGUGGGACUGCGUGACUCUGACCGUCCUCAGACACUCCGCUUAUAUGCAGUGUUUCUUCACACAGGGGCCAAAGUCUUCCUUCAUGACAGCAGAAAAAAGAGCACGUCUCAAGACUAACCCAGUAAAGGUUCGCUUCGCGGAGGAGGUGGUGGUCAACGGUCACUCUCAGGGAAACUCACUGCUCUUCCUGCCCAACGUUCUGAAGGUCUACCUGGAAAACGGCCAGACGAAGGCCUUCAAGUUCGAGGCUAAGACCACGGUGAAGGACAUUGUGCUGACUCUGAAGGAGAAGCUGUCCAUUCGCUGUAUCGAACACUUUGCGCUGGUUCUGGAGGAGCAGUACAGCUCCACCAAGCUACUGCUGCUGCACGAAGAGGAGUUCAUCCAGCAGGUGGUACACAGGAAGGAGGCCCACAACUACAGGUGCCUGUUCCGCGUGUGCUUCUUGCCCAGGGAACCUCUGGACCUGCUGCAGGAGGACCCCGUGGCCUUCGAGUACCUCUACCUGCAGAGUGUGAGCGAUGUGCUGCAGGAGCGCUUCGCCGUGGAGAUGAAGUGCAACACUGCCUUGCACCUGGCUGCGCUGCACAUCCACGAGCGCCUGGACACCUGUGGGCACACACAGCGCGCCUCGCUCAAGAGUAUCACGAAGGACUGGGGAAUCGAGAACUUCAUCUCACCAACCCUGCUGAGGAACAUGAGUGAGAAGGACCUAAAGAAGGCCAUUGGAUACCAUAUGAAGAAGAUCCAGGCCCUGCUGGAGCCCAAGCAGAAGGUGAUAUCAGCUACUCAAGCGCGGCUGAGCUACCUGUCCCAGCUGGGCGACCUUCAGUCCUAUGGGGGCAAGUGCUUCACGGCCACCAUCCUGCUUCAGGACAGAGAGGCCAUGGUGAGCUUGCUGGUCGGGGCCAGAUAUGGCAUCAGUCAGGUGAUUAACCACAAGCUGAACAUCAUCAGCACCCUAACCGAAUUCAGCGGCAUCACCCGUGUGGAUCUCCUCCCUGAGUCCGAGAGAGUCAGCCUGGUCAAGAUCUACCUGCAGGAUGUCAGGCAAAUAACCUUGCUGAUGGAGUCUGCCGCUGCCAAGGAUCUGUCUUGCCUGGUGACAGGCUACUGCAGGCUGUUUGUGGACCCGGCCCAGUCGGUCCUGUCCUGGAGCAGCCCCGCUAAGACCUACCGCAUCUCCACUGAGGAAGGGUACGUGUCUCGACGCAGCAGUGACCCGGAGGACUUCCCGGGGGUGGACCAUUCGACCAGCGCCCUAGUCGACUUGCACUUCUCUAUUGACACCGCUAGGGUGGCGCAGGAGAGAGUCGGGGAGAAGGAGGAGAACAAGGAAGAAGGACAAAAGGAGGAAGAGAUACAACAGGAGCAGCCGGUUGCGGCUGCGGCGACAUCGGAGGAGUGUGUGAAUGCAGAGUGUGUGGACAAGGGUGGGGAUGCGACUGAGGAUGAGCUUUCAGAGCUGUCCAACUGGUGCCCCACUGACUCACGCACCGACGCCAACUCCCUGGACAACCUGGAUGAGGAUGACCUUGUCCUUUUGAACCCAGACGUCCACCACCCGUAUCUGCUGGUCACGUCUGAGAAGCAGGAAUUGACGGACAGCGGCUCUGUCCCCUGUCCUGAUGCCGUCAGCACCAGUAACGAUGACUUCCUUUGCUAUGCUGAGCUCUCACGCAUGGCGGACUCCCUCCCCAGCCCCACAGAGGCCACGGAUGAGGAAGAGGAGCACCAGGGUCCCAGACUGCCUCCUCACAGGGACUGUAUACUCACUCUGGAUGAGAUGAACAUGCAGUGCCCCACCGACUCCAGACCCCCCUCCGACUGGGCGUGCGACCUUCCUGGUGAACCUCAUUGGGCCCAGUCGGAGGAAUACACCCCAUCCCAAGACUUAGUGUCAGCUCCCAUUCUCCAGCCUUCCCCCAGUUUUGUAGACAGCAGCUCGGAUGAUGAGUUCUUUGACGCAAACGAUAGGCUCACGCCCCCAACCGCCCUUGAGGAAUUUACAGAGAGCUGCAUGGAUGCAUGUAGCAUGACGCGGACACUGAACCUGCACAACCUCAGCGAGGUGGAUCUGCAGCGGGCGAUGGACCUAGAGCUGGAGGUGGACAAGGAGGAUGGGGCACAGCAGGCAUCCCUAAGUUUAGUGAAGAAGCUCCGCAAGCGACGCUCCUUCGUAGAAUCCGUCUACACCUCGCAAGUGUCCUUCCCCACACGUGGUCGGGAGGCGGAGGACCAGGUGCCCUGUGCUGACAGAGAGCUCUUAAACCUGCUCCCAGUGUUGAGAAGUGAGGAUGAGAAACCCAUUGAACAUCCCAACCCGGCUCUUGCUAAACUCUCUCAUCCGACUGGUUCUCAUGGCAACAUGAUAAGUGAGGAGCCCCUUAAGGAUGCCACGUUGUCUUCUGAGCUCAUGGAGAUGGAGCCAGAUACCAUGGAGUUCAAACCCGUGAACCACUUGCUCUCGGGGGCCUCUCGUUUUAUUGCGGCUGUACAGAACCACAUAGUUCCAGGGGAUAGGAAGUGCUCCAGCCCUGACUCGGGUGUGAGGAGGAAGGGGUUGGAUUGCACUGGUGCUUCUGUGGUCCUCAAGGAGCCGGUGCUUGGCAGUAAAAAACAGGAACUGAACAAUGGAACGAACGGUAAACGAGAUGAAGGUUCCUCCCCAGAGCUGGACUCAUCUCCACCUGUACACGCAACCAUACCUCCUUGUUCCUCAGGAAACAACAGCCCCAGUUCGGAGGAGGCUAAAGAAGCCGAGAGUUACGACGGCGACUCCGAGGCAGAAUCUCUCAGUAUGACCGCAGACCAGAGAGACGGUAGCUGUCUGGCUCUGGUCAACAAGAAAGGCAUAUCUCACAGCUGUGAAAGCCUGCUGUUGACAGGAGCAGAAGAUCUUGCCUUCUCUGGCACCACUGCUGAAGCGGGAGAUGGCGCCGCGCAAGAGCAGACAGCUACUGGCUCCCGAAGCCGCUCCUCGGAGCUUGCGGGCCGUCUGUCGAAUUCGACCCUGCGGGCAAAGAUCCGGAAGCUUCCCUGCUGCCUGUCCAGGUCCCAGGAGACCCUCAGCACUUUAGGCAGCAGCAGCAGCGCCGAUGAUCAGAGUCCUUCGCAAAGAAUUUCUGAAACAAGCCCGGUUACCACUGAGGUUGGAGACGUCACGGAAGCGGUGGCAGAGGAUGCUGAAGAAGCCUGUGAAUCUGCAGGGGGAAUCGUCGAGUUGGUCAGUGAAGAGCCAGGAGAAGAUCAAAAGCUGCUGCGGGAGGUCAACGAGGUCACGUCCAUCUCCAGGGUAAAGGGUACCUUGAUGCCAGAUGCUUCUCCUACUGUGUCGUCUAUGGAUAAGUUGCUGGAGGCUUGCAAGGACCCCGAUAGACUACGUAGCCCUGGGUCGGUUGAGCCGGGAGGCCAAUCAGUUGAGGAGAUUGAGGGGACGCAGGCCCCCAAAGGAGUAUAUGAAGGUUUAAAACACUGCGAGUCUCAGCAACCUCAACCUUUACCCCACCCCUGCUCGCAAGGGAAGGCUUGCUUUCUGAGCCCGCCUGCCCUACAGGUGAACCGGACCCCCGGGGAGACCUGUGGGUGCCGGACCACCUACUCCAACUGCUUCAGUGGAGAGCUGGACAGAGCAGCUUUGGAUGAGGAGCUGACUUUGCACGAGUUUUCCUGUCGGGCACAGGGAUUGCAGGGGAUGGGCCUAAUAGCGACGACGCCUUCCUCCUUUCCCGUUUCCUCCAUAUCUUUCUCCUCAAGAGCACCCCUUCCCCGUUCGUCUUUUUCGGAGCUCAGCCCCUUACUGUCCCCUCUGGAGCCCUCGGACUCUCUCCCUCCCGAGUCCCUGCAGGAGGUGCUUGGGGAGCUGCGCAGCCGGCGCUACGCCCUCCCCGGAGGGUUCGCUCACUUGCAGCGGGACCUGGCUGACCUGCUGGUCAUCUUACAGGGGGAGCCCCGGAGCCGCAGUCGGCACCACUGGGAGACCUGUGUGGCGCACCUCUCGGAAAACAAACACGUGCUCCACGCCGAGGCGCGGAAGCUCAUGUCCGACUGCCAGCGGGUCAUCCGAGUGGGCCAGAGCCCCGAGGAGAUGCUGCAGUCACUGAGCCAGAGCUUCCGCACGCUCGUGCAGCUGGCCAGCGUGUGCAUGUGCUUCUCCAGCUGCAGCCACUGCGAAGGCAGCCUCGGCAACGUGCUGGGUAGCCUGAGGGACAUAGCCAAGGCGUACGGGGACUUCUCGCAGGCGGCGGAGCUGGCGUGCGGCCGCAAGAGCUGCCACGAUCUCAGUAUCAAAGUGCUGGCCAGGCAGUGCACAGCCCUCACCUCCUCCGUCUUCUGCCUCACUCAGCUCUACUGCACCCUCGCCGCUCUCUGAGCGCCCGGGCCACCUCCGACCUCGAACCCGUGACCCUUACGUCUGAGCGGAACCGAGACGUGCUCGGGCUCCCUUGCGCCAGUCGCGCUGGGCGGGAGCUUCUCGCACUCCUCGGAUAAAGCACGUGAACGAGACGUUCUGCUGGAAACGGACGCACGGUACACGCGUUCACGUGCUUAAUGUACGUGAUUAAUUUACUUGACUGUUUGUUUUAUUCGAAGGAGCGAGCGCAAAGGGGCUCGGGAGACGUUCGUAUGUCUCCAUAUUUCCUGUAGCUCUGUUGGGUGGAGAGUCCUUUAUGAUGCUCAUCACGAUUUGCAGCAUUAAUACACUAACAGUUUACAAAUGAUGCCACAUAUCGACAUUUGGACAGACAAGCAGUUCCGGUUAUCGUGUCCCCGUGACUGCAAGGCCUUACGAACAGACCUCCGUUUAUUGGAAUUAAAUUGCGCUCGAUGCUGUUUAAAAGGCUAACGCUCUUAUUUAUUUAGGUCUGUCUACACAGGCCAAAGUCGCCAGGUAUAAUUGCAUGGAAUGCAAGAGAAAAAACCUUUAAGCACUUAACUGUCUUGAUGUCUCGACAAAGUGUAUUAAUCCCCGGUGCAGUGUGUUCAGGGGGUCUGUGAAAUGUGUGUGUGUGUGUGUGUGUGUGUGUGUGUGAGAGAGAGAGAGAGAGAGAGGUGCCGGUGUUUGUUGUUACUGAGGUCAGGCCGUUCCCAUGGCAACCAAGGGGUUUUUGCUUUUGUCCAUCUGCGACAGUCUCCUAGGAACAUGCGGUAAAUGUGCGUCUUAAGGAAGGGUAACCUUUGGGGUUUUCGUAAAGCACAAUACCAGCAACUGGCAGAAUGCAGCGGGAAGCGCAAUGUCUGCCGAGGAGACGAACAUUAGAUGCGAUGCCCUGAAGAUCUCGCCGCUCGUAGGUUUCACGGAGAACCGAGAUGGAAUUUUUAUUUCUUGAAACUUGCAGCCCUCGGAUACUCCGUAAAUAAUGCACGAGAAUUAGGCUAUAUCAAGGUACGGUAAUACAUGUUGGUAGUCAAAAACACCGGUAAGUUCUGUCCCUUUUACCAGUCGAUGACUUGAGGUUGAAUUUUAUUACCAAGGUCCUCCUCUUGCUGCCUGUAACGUUUCUAAUAUUAUUUAGUCCUGAACUCUGUAUUUGCGCGUCGGGCUGUUGGCAGCCUUCAUCCAGAUCGUAUGCGUCACUCGAAGGAUCAUCAGAAGGAUCCUGGCAGGUCUCGCACACGUUUACACGACCUCGUUUCUGCCAAAGCUCGUGUUUCACGGCCCUUUCAGAUAUUCAGUGGCCCGUAGGAGAAAAAAAAAAACGACAAAAAAACUUACUUCUGAGAUCAAGUUCAGGCUGCAUUUAAAAGGUUUAAAAAGCGAUCUGGUUGUCUGCAAAACAUGAGUAGUCACAGCAUUUGGUUUUUGUGCCAGGUGUGUUUUUUUCUAAAAACUAACUCAUUAGGUCAUGGUUACGCUGCGAAUGACGGAUGGAUAGUUCAGCGCUGUGUCUCCAACGAGAGGUGCGAACGCGGUCAGUCGCAGCCUCUCGGGCCGCGAAGUUGCUCCACAGAAGCCAUAUCUGAGGGUUGAACGAAGAGGAAAUGUGAAGGGAC